AUGAACUCGACGCCACAUUCCGACCCAACUGCGAUGUUUGGACUUACUGGAACCUCCCCUGGGGUGAAUGGUGAUGGAUUCGAUAUCUUCGAGUGGUACCCCCACUAUCAGAAUUGCCAGCGUUACUUCCUCGACCAUGCACAACAUAGUACCACCGUUCAGGCACUUUCAACAUUCUUAAAUAUCCGCCUCCCGUUUCAACGUCAACCACACCCUGUGUUCAAUUCUUCCACCGAUCACACCCCAACUGCCAAUACCGCAUCUCCGUCAACUUCCAAUCCAAAUCCUCCCCCGCCUGUCUCUCUGAUCCCUUAUAUUCGUCGUCUUGUGGCUACGGGGAUGGAUUUCCCCGGUGUACUACAUGGAUUCUUCGGCGACGAUUGGGGGUCUGGCGUUGGGUUUCUGCAUGAGCAAGAGCGUCGCAACUAUCUUUUCGCCGCGAAGAGUGGGGGCUGGGCUUGUGUGAAAAAGGACUACGAUAUCUCUCCCCUAGAGACCAUUCCUUUCUUGCGUCCCUUGCAAGGACCCUUGGAUUCGGAGAUCGAAGCGGCCGAGAGGAGCUGGAGUGAGUGGCUUGCGAUGGAAGAUUGGAUGGUUGGACCACGGCGCGACCUCCUUCGUGACUCCUCUUCACUAAUGUCGCGACCCCGAAGUUCGCGAGGUUGA